ACAAUGACCAGUGGCGGAAAAGUAGUCGAUAUCAAUGGCUGGACUGUUUGGUAUGAAAAGUUUGGUACGGGACCCGAGAUUAUGUUAUUUUUGCCCGAUGCUAUAGGCUCCGGUAGACAAGAUUUUAUUCAUCAAUUAGAGGGUCCGCAAUCGUUUAGCCAUAAUGAAUAUACCAUAAUAGUUAUGGACUUACCCGGUUGGGGCCGAUCGCGGCCACCCGAACGACCGUACGGUCAAAAUGUUUACGUCAACGAUGCCGAUGUGGCCGCCAGACUGAUGGAGAUAUUAUGCUAUAAAAACUAUAUAUUAUUUUGUUUCGGUGAGGGCGGAAAAGUUGGCCUAACAAUGUCCGUGAGAUACCCGAGCCGUAUAAAAGGAUUAGUUUUGAUAUCAAUAUUUAUGAUAAUAUCGCCGGAAACUGUAGCUCCGAUACUGGCCACGGUCAACACACGUAAGUGGAUACAGGAAAUGCGGGACAAUUAUUUGCCAGUGUAUGGCAAUCAGGACAGCAGCUUACAAAACAUGUGGGACAAGUAUAUCGACUUUUUAAAGUCGACUACCGAAACCUGUCCCAAUGGAUUCGUGAUCGAGUCGGACAAACUUGAGUCCAUUGGAUGUCCGAUCCUUAUAAUUCACGGCAAUCAGGACCAACUAAUUAGUUUGGAUCAUCCAAAAUACAUUGAUAAAUACGUUCCCGACUGUCAAUUGCAUAGUUUCCCGAAUGGUGGCCACAAUUGUCAUCAAAGAUAUCCGGUUUCAGUCAAACGAAUAUCCGAAUUGUUUUUUAUUAGUUUGUAA